AUGUUGGGUCGUUUUACACCGGGGGUGUGCAACCAGGUGGUGGCGGUGGUUAACCACCAACAAAACAGGAAUAUGGCUACUUUGAAGUCUAUUCAGCUCCGACUUAAGUCCGUGAAGAAUAUCCAGAAAAUCACCCAAUCCAUGAAGAUGGUGUCAGCCGCCAAGUAUGCACGUGCAGAGCGUGAUCUGAAGGCCGCUCGGCCAUAUGGCGAGGGUGCUGUGCAAUUUUAUGAGAGGGCUGAGGUUGCACCCCCCGAAGAUGAUCCCAAGGAGUUGUACAUUGCUGUCACCUCUGACAGAGGGCUGUGCGGUGCGUGCCACACGGGCGUAGCGAAGGCGAUUCGCACCCGCCUCAAUGAACCCGGAUCCGAGAACAUUAAGGUGGUGUGCAUUGGGGACAAGUCGAGAGCUGUGCUGCAGCGCUUGUACCGGAACCAUAUCAUCUGUGUCGCUAACGAGAUCGGGCGUCUGCCGCCGUCGUUUGGCGACGCGUCAAAGCUGGCCGCGGCUGUGCUCGAGUGUGGCUACGAGUACGCUUCAGGCAAAAUUUUCUACAAUCAGUUCAAAUCUGUAGUCUCCUACCAGCAGUCCGAUCUGCCCGUUUUCAGCCGUAAGGCUGUUGAGAGUGCCCCAAAAAUGGCAACCUAUGAUUCUCUGGACGCUGACGUCAUUCAAUCUUACAUGGAAUUCUCCAUGGCUUCUAUGCUUUUCUACGCACUCAAAGAAGGAGCUUGUUCCGAACAAUCUGCCCGCAUGACUGCCAUGGACAACGCUUCCAAGAACGCCGGAGAGAUGAUUGACAAGCUAACCCUGACAUUCAACAGGACCCGCCAAGCCGUCAUCACCAGAGAACUUAUCGAAAUCAUCUCUGGUGCUGCUGCUUUGGAUUAAAUUCAAUUAAAGAAAUAGUCUGGUGAAGUUUUUUGCGAAGCGUUGUGUAUGGUUUUUGGAAAUUUACAUUUAUAAAUCGGCCCCAUUAUGAUGAAAGGUGGAUAUAUCGGCUAGAUUAAUAUUUAAUGAAUUACACUAUUUAAUGAAGACAGUACAGCAAGACAAUUGUUUAGCAAAUUACCUUUUUAAAUGUGGACUUAACAUCAAAAGCUAUCCUCUC